AUUUGAAUGGAUUGGCCACUAAUAUGGCGGUCAUGGAUGUGGAACUGCCCUCCGGUUAUGUGGCAGAUGUGGAAUCGCUUCCCAAAGACAAUCAAAUCAAGAGAAUCGAUACCACAAAAGGCGAUACAAAUGUGAUAUACUUUGAUAAAAUAACCAAAGAUGAUAUCUGUCUGACAAUACCCGCCCAUAGAGUGCAUAGAGUGGCCGACAAUAAAGCGGUUCCCAUAACUGUUUACGACUAUUAUAAUAGACAACAAACGUCAAUCGUCAUGUCUUUGGGACUCUUCGGAAGCGUUAAACACCGACCGGUUGUACCCAUACAUCCGGUCGGAACCUCUACUCUCACCCCAACCCUCACCGCAGCCACAGUUAGACACCGACUGGUCAUGGAUUCAUCCGUUAGACCAAUAGUCAAGUCACUGGUGGUCUGUGUCUACACA